CCCUAAAUUAUUCAUCCCAUUUAAUCUCUCAUUUCUUCUCUCUUUUUUCUUUUCUCUUUGGAGAUAUACAAAACUUAUUGCUUUCUCAUACUCCAAUCAACAUUUUUCAUCUAACAAAAUUCAGAAAUAAUGAUGGUGGUGAAUACGACGAUGGUGGGAAGUGGGUGCCCGGCGGAGAUGAAAGCGACGUCGAACGGUGUAUUUCAAGGCGAUAAUCCACUUGAUUUUGCUCUUCCUUUGGCCAUUUUUCAGAUAUGUUUGGUUGUUCUUCUUACUCGUCUUCUUGGUUUUCUUCUCCGUCCACUUAGAGAGCCUCGGGUCAUUGCCGAGAUUGUUGGGGGGAUCUUGCUUGGGCCAUCAGCGGUGGGUCGGAGUCAGGGAUUUCUUCGAAGAGUGUUCCCGGAAAAAAGCCUAACAGUGUUGGACACAUUAGCCAAUAUGGGUCUUUUGUUCUUUCUUUUUCUAGUCGGACUUGAGUUAGAUCCCAAAUCUCUCCGUCGUACCGGAAAAGGCGCAAUGGGCAUAGCCAUGGCCGGAAUCACUCUCCCUUUACUCCUCGGCAUUGGCACUUCCUACGUCCUCCGUUCCACCAUCUCCAAAGGCGUCAACGGUCCUCCCUUUCUCAUCUUCAUCGCCGUUGCUCUCUCCAUCACCGCUUUCCCUGUUCUCGCUCGUAUCCUUGCUGAACUCAAGCUUUUAACAACCAACCUCGGCCGUAUCGCGAUGUCCGCCGCCGCCGUCAAUGACGUCGCUGCCUGGAUCCUCCUCGCCCUCGCCAUUGCCCUUUCCGGUACUCCUCGUUCCCCUCUUGUCUCCCUCUGGGUUUUCCUCUGUUCCUCUGUUUUUGUCCUGUUUUGCUUCUUCACUCUCCCGCCGGCCUUCCGAUGGAUCUCCCACCGUUCCUCCAAAGGCGAGCCCGUAAGUGAACUUUACAUUUGCGCUACUUUAUCCACCGUCUUAGCCGCUGGAUUCAUCACUGAUUUAAUCGGAAUCCAUGCUCUGUUCGGCGCUUUUGUCGUCGGCGUUCUCGUUCCAAAAGAAGGUCCACUCGCCGGAGCACUCGUCGAAAAAGUUGAAGAUCUUGUUUCGAGUCUUUUCCUCCCUCUCUAUUUCGUUUCAAGCGGAUUGAAAACCAACAUUACUACAAUUCAAGGAAUACAAUCAUGGGGUUUGCUCAUCCUCGUAAUUUUCACCGCAUGUUUCGGUAAAAUCAUCGGAACGAUCUUGAUGGCACUCUUUUGCAAGAUGCCAAUACAAGAAUCAAUUGCUUUAGGAUUCUUAAUGAACACGAAAGGGUUGGUGGAAUUAAUCGUUUUAAACAUCGGCAAAGACAGAAAAGUUUUGAAUGACCAAACCUUUGCAAUUCUUGUUCUAAUGGCUGUCAUCACAACCUUCUUCACAACCCCAAUUGUAAUGGCGGUUUAUAAGCCAGCAAAAAGAAAGAGCAAAUCAGAAUACAUAAACAGAACAAUCGAACGAGAAGAACCCAAUUCAGAGCUGAGGAUUUUGGCUUGUUUUCACUCUGUUAAUAACAUUCCUUCCAUUUUGAAUUUGAUUGAGGUGAGUCGUGGGAUGGAGGGAAAAGAAGGUUGUGGAAGUGAACUUUGUGUUUAUGCAAUGCAUUUGAUGGAGCUGACAGAGAGAUCGUCCGCCAUUGUUAUGGUCCAUCGAGCUAGAAAAAAUGGGAGACCGUUUUGGAAUAAAGGAGGGAAGUCGAGUUGUGAUGAAAUUGGUGUGGCGUUUAAGGCUUUUGAACAGCUUAGUCGAGUGUCUAUACGUCCAAUGACUGCCAUUUCUCGACUUUCGGAUAUGCACGAAGAUGUGUGCAAUAGAGCAGAGCGGAAACGGGCCGCCAUUAUCAUUCUCCCUUUCCAUAAACACCAAAGAUUUGAUGGACAUUUAGAAGCAACACGAGGUGAUUUCCAAUCGGUCAAUCAAAAAGUUCUACAACAAUCACCAUGUUCCGUCGGAAUCCUAGUUGACAGAGGAUUUGGAGGUGGUUCUCACAUCUCCUCCACCAACAUCUCUUCCACCAUAACCAUCUUCUUCUUCGGCGGCUGCGACGACCGUGAAGCUCUAGCCUUCGGACGGAGAAUGUCACAACAUUCUAAAACAACCUUAAACAUUGUUCAUUUCAUUUUCACCUCCAACGUGAAUAAUGCAGAAUCUACUAUGGUUGAAAUGAACAAAGACGACACUAAAAGUUCUGCAGUCAUAGAUGAAAGGGUGUUGAUGGAGUUUAAUGGGAAGAAAACAAACGAGAUGUCGAUUAGAUAUGAAGAGAGAGUAGUGAGCAGUUUUAGCAAUGUUAUUGAAGUAAUAAGGGAAUUUAGUAGAUGUAAUUUAAUAUUGGUGGGUCAAAAGCCAGAAGGGGAAGUAGUGAAGAAUCUUGUUGAAUAUUUCAAGAUCAAUGUGGAAUGCCCUGAGUUAGGUCCUGUUGGAAACUUAUUGAUAUCAAAAGAGUUAUCAAUAUCAGCUUCAAUCUUGGUGCUGCAACAGUUUCGUGAGAAUGUAUUUACCUAAUUAGUAAACUAAGUAUAAGAGAACCUCAUUGACGAACAUUAUGGUAUAUCUUUAUAUUAGUCUUGAAAUUAAUGAUGUUAGAUUUGUCAAUA